GGGUCGACAUGUCAAGACGGGACAACUGGCGGCCAUCAAAGUCAUGGACGUCACAGAGGAUGAAGAGGAGGAAAUUAAGCUGGAGAUCAACAUGCUGAAGAAGUACUCCCAUCACAGAAACAUAGCCACCUACUAUGGAGCCUUCAUCAAGAAAAGUCCCCCGGGCCAUGACGACCAGCUAUGGCUGGUGAUGGAGUUCUGCGGCGCCGGUUCCAUCACAGACCUUGUGAAGAACACCAAAGGCAACACACUGAAGGAGGACUGGAUCGCCUACAUCUCCCGAGAGAUCCUCAGGGGAUUGGCUCACCUACACGCCCAUCAUGUCAUCCACCGUGACAUCAAGGGACAAAACGUGCUGCUGACUGAAAACGCUGAAGUCAAACUGGUGGACUUUGGUGUGAGUGCUCAGCUGGACCGGACAGUAGGUCGAAGGAACACCUUUAUCGGGACGCCAUAUUGGAUGGCUCCUGAGGUCAUCGCUUGUGAUGAAAACCCAGACGCCACCUACGACUAUAGGAGUGACCUGUGGUCCUGUGGAAUCACAGCCAUCGAGAUGGCUGAGGGAGCUCCCCCUCUGUGUGACAUGCAUCCAAUGAGAGCCCUCUUCCUCAUUCCCAGAAACCCUCCACCUCGACUCAAGUCCAAAAAAUGGUCUAAGAAGUUUUUCAGCUUCAUUGAGGGCUGCCUGGUGAAAAACUACACCCAGCGUCCUCCCACCGAACAGCUGCUCAAACACCCCUUCAUCCGGGACCAGCCUAACGAGAGGCAGGUCCGCAUCCAGCUCAAAGACCACAUCGACCGAACCAAGAAGAAGCGGGGCGAGAAGGAUGAGACGGAGUAUGAAUACAGUGGCAGUGAAGAAGAGGAGGAAGAGGCAUCUGAGCAGGAAGGAGAGCCAAGCUCCAUAGUCAACGUCCCAGGUGAGUCCACCCUACGCCGUGACUUCAUUCGGCUGCAGCAGGAGAACAAGGAGCGUUCGGAGGCGCUGCGUCGCCAGCAGCUCCUUCAGGAGCAGCAGCUCCGUGAGCAGGAGGAGUACAAGCGACAACUGCUGGCCGAGAGGCAGAAACGUAUCGAGCAGCAGAAGGAGCAGAGGAGACGGCUAGAGGAGCAACAACGGCGUGAGCGCGAGAUGAGGAGGCAGCAGGAGCGCGAGCAGCGCCGACGUGAGCAGGAGGAGAAGAGACGCAUCGAGGAGAUGGAACGACGCCGCAAAGAGGAGGAAGAACGCAGGAGGGCCGAGGAGGAGAAGAGGAGGGCCGAUCGCGAACAGGAGUACAUCCGUCGUCAGUUGGAGGAGGAGCAGAGGCACCUGGAGAUUCUGCAGCAGCAGCUGCUCCACGAACAGGCCAUGCUGCUGGAGUAUAAAUGGCGGGAGCUUGAGGAGCAGCGCCAAGCCCAGAAGCUCCAGAGACAGCUGCAGCAAGAGCAGGCGUACCUGCUGUCCCUCCAGCAAAACCAGAACCUGGAUAGUAACAAAACAGCCCAGCAACAGAGCAUCAAACCCCCACAGAACCCCGAGCAGGACAGGAUAAAUCCCCCACAGAGCCCUGAACCGGAUACAGCCAAACAACCGCAGAGCACCGACCUUGAUAAGACUCAAAAUCGCAGUCUGGAAAAAACUACAGAACCCAAGCAACCUGUCGCUGACCUCCAAGGCCCUGCCCCUGACUCUGAGCCAGUCAGAGAGGCUGAUGAGCGAUACCGAAAGAACAUCCAGGGUUCUCCUCAGGCAGCUCAGACCAAACCACAGCAGCCUCCGGUACCACCACGCUCCGAGUCUUCCUACCCCAAUGGGAACUCGGCGUCUGAGGCGCCCGCCAUGCACCGGCCUGUGGAACCACAGGUCCGUUCCCAUCUGGCUGCUUUAAAGAGCAGCGGCAGUGUGGCUUCGUCAAACUCCUCCGCUACCGCCCCACCCAUUGUGUCACGGUCCUUAAGCGAGCCACUCGCCCCUAGCUUUGAAAAUCUUCACCUUCGCAACAGCCAGGAACCCCACCAACACCAUCAUCCUCCAUCUUCAUCGUCAUCAUCAUCAUCCUCCUCCUCAUCAUCAUCAUCCACGCCUGCACGCACUGACCCACAACCCCACCCCCAGCUUAGGCCCUCGCCCCAUGAAGUGACCCCUUCAGAGGAGGUCCCGCCCAGGGUUCCUGUCAGAACUACAUCAAGGUCCCCGGUGUUGCCAAGGCGAGACUCGCCUCAUCACCAUGGCAACGCCUCACACAGCAGCCAUGCUGUGCAACGCAACACUGCCAGUGCGGCGGAGCCUCGGCUGCUGUGGGAGCGAGUGGAGAAACUGGUUCCCAGACCAACCAGUAACACCGGCAGCGGAGGCUCCAGUUCCUCCAGCAGUUCCAGUAACUCCAGCUCUCAGCCCGGUUCUCACUGCGGCUCUGGAGAAAGGUUCAGGGCCCGCUCCUCUUCCAAAUCAGAGGGUUCACCCCUCCAACGGCCAGAGAAUGCUGGGAAAAAACCAGAGGAGAGGAGGGACUUGGUCAGACCGAGCAGGCCAGCGGACCUGACGGCUCUGGCCAAGGAGCUGCGUGCUGUUGAUGACGUUCGCCCCCCAAAUAAGGUGACAGAUUACUCAUCCUCCAGCGAAGAGUCGGACACCACUGAUGAAGAUGACGAUGAAGAGGUAGACCAGGAGGCAGGCGAGGAGUCGACCUCUGGCCCGGAGGACUCCAGAGCUGUCUCCUCCAGGCUGAGUAACGGAGAGACAGAGUCGGUGAAGACUAUGAUUGUUCACGAUGAAGGCGAAAGUGACGCAGGCUCGACACCCUGCAAAGACAGCACGCUGAUCGUCCGACAGAGUGCAGGUGACAACAGAAAGCGUCCGAGCCCCGGCCCGGGCCAAGCCCAGACCCCCGUCCGGCUUGCGGGCUUCGCCCCAAGUCCUGGCUCGGGCUCGGGCCCGGCCCUUGGCCAGCACACCCCCAGUCCCCACCACCAUCAUCACCACCACCACCAUCACCCCACACAGCACUCGGACAGGAACGGCUUUGCCGGUCGCAUCCACCACCUCCCAGAUCUGAUCCAGCAGAGCCAUCAUUCCUCUCCCUCCUCCACUGCAUCCAACUCCCCUUCCUCCUCCAGCCUUGCCAGCCCCUCCUCCAUGUCCCCUCAGAGUCCCCUGGACAAGCUCGGCAUCCUCACAGAGAGCCAAUCUAGUAACAACAUGCAGAAACACAAGUCCUCUUCCUCCUUCACUCCGUUCAUCGACCCACGCCUCCUCCAAGUCUCUCCAUCCACCGGCAGCGCCCUCAACAACGUCGGCUAUGCUAAUGAUGCCCGGCUGGCAGAGGCACUAAGGGCCGACCCUUCUCGGAAGGGCUCUGUGGUCAACGUUAACCCGGUCAACACUCGCCCGCAAAGCGAUACGCCAGAGAUCCGCAAAUACAAGAAGAGAUUCAACUCUGAGAUCCUGUGUGCAGCACUCUGGGGUGUGAACCUUUUGGUGGGAACAGAGAGCGGCCUGAUGCUUUUGGAUCGCAGCGGUCAGGGGAAAGUUUACCCUCUGAUCAACAGACGACGUUUCCAGCAGAUGGACGUCCUGGAGGGACUCAACGUCCUGGUCACUAUAUCAGGUAAGAAGAACAAGCUCCGUGUGUACUACCUGUCCUGGCUGAGGAACAAGAUCCUGCACAAUGACCCCGAGGUGGAGAAGAAGCAGGGCUGGACCACCGUGGGAGACCUGGAGGGCUGCGUCCACUACAAAGUCGUCAAAUAUGAGAGGAUCAAAUUUUUGGUUCUGGCUUUGAAGAACUCUGUGGAGGUCUACGCCUGGGCACCCAAACCCUACCACAAGUUCAUGGCCUUCAAGUCUUUCGGUGACCUGGUGCACAAGCCCCUGCUGGUCGACCUGACUGUGGAGGAAGGUCAGAGGUUAAAGGUCAUCUACGGUUCAUGUUCAGGCUUCCACGCUGUGGAUGUCGACUCUGGCGCCGUCUAUGACAUCUACCUACCCACACACAUCCAGACCAGUAUCCAGUCUCACGCCAUUAUCAUCUUGCCCAACACUGACGGCAUCGAGCUGCUGGUGUGCUACGAGGACGAGGGCGUUUACGUCAACACCUAUGGACGUAUCACCAAGGACGUGGUGCUGCAGUGGGGGGAGAUGCCGACCUCAGUGGCCUACAUUCGUUCUAACCAGAUCAUGGGUUGGGGAGAGAAGGCCAUAGAGAUCCGCUCGGUGGAGACCGGCCACCUGGACGGCGUCUUCAUGCACAAGAGAGCCCAGAGACUCAAGUUCCUCUGUGAAAGAAAUGACAAGGUGUUCUUCGCCUCCGUCCGGUCCGGAGGCUCCAGCCAGGUCUACUUCAUGACUCUUGGCCGAAGCAACCUGCUCAGCUGGUAGAGGUCCACACCCCUGCCCUCUUCCUCCUCCUUCUCCUCAUCCUCCUCAUUGUCCUCCACCCUCACUAACACUGGAUCUCAGAACCCACCGUCGACGUCUUGUCAGCACUCAGACAACCAAAAGAGAACAAGAACCAACCAGCCCUCUGAAGCCGACGACAACAAUGACUUCACCCGUUUUCUGGAGCUGCACUGAGGCUCCAGAGCCGCCUGUGACACAAACCGGUCGAGUCAUGCAGUCGCUGCCCACUGAAAUACCUGAAGUGACGACUUGCAUAGAAAAUGAAAUCAGUGAUUAAUUAAUAUACGAGAGAAAGUAGAAAUAAAUUAAAUGUGAAUUGACGAAGAGGGGGCAAACUUUUUGUGUCCCUCUCCGUUUUUUUCUCGGCGCUCAUCGGAUUACGAUGGGAUAGAUUUUGUACCUCUGCAUCAUUUCCGUGCUCCUGGGCUGGUCAGUAAGCUUGAGGUCUCCUAACUACUAGUACUGCUACCACCAUUAUUACUACUACUGCUACUACCCUCUGCAGGUCUGCCUCUUUUAAGAGAGUUUCCCCCCCUCUGCCCCACGCUCCUGCCCUCCGCCCUCUCUUCUGAGCGUUUCAUGGGGCUGGUGAGGUGGGAGUCUGUUGUAUUAAUGCUACAGUAGUGUGUGUAAAUGUACUUCUUUUUGGUCCAAUUACUGCUGACAUGCUGGUUAGAGGUCGAGACCGUCAGCCUCCAGGGGUAAACUGUAAAACCCCGGCGCCAGUGGGGCUCGUCACGGUGACAAGCAGGCGAGAGGGGCCUAAUGUUUAAGGUUCUACCGUAAGUCUGAUUGAUGGGACUCGACAGGAGGGUGUGUGUAUGUAUGUGUGUGUGUGUGUCGUUGAAGUAUUGUGUUGUUCGGACAGGUGCUUUACAAGAAAGGGAGAUAAUGAAGAGAGAAAGAGACGUUGAAGCAGAUGGAUUUCAGAAUAGUAUUUUUUGAAUUAUUACUAUUAUUAUUCCUUGAAGAUAAGUGUAACUAUGUGGAGUAAAACAUGUCCUUUACCUUGUUUUUUUUUUUUUUUUUUUUUUUUUUUUUUAAGAUUUCUGCACAUCCACCCACAGUCCAGUUUGCUUGCUUUUACUUUGAACCCACGGAAAUGCAAGGUGUGUUUGUCUAAGAAGAAAGUGAUGUGGGUGUGGUCCAAAAAAAAAGGUGUCUAUGUACAAUAAAAGUUCAUUUAAUCUUCCAGAUCAAUGGUCAGUAGUUUUCCCUCACCGGUCAAACAUGAUGACCUAAACUCAUCUCUAGCAGGACGGUCAGCUGAUGUUUCUCCACUCCAGAAACUUGAACUGCUGUGAACGGUUAGAUAUCAAAUGAAAGGAUGAUAAAGGAGCGAUAAAGUAGAGGAGAGAGUUCAGUAUGUGUGUGUUUGUGCGGACGUCGACGAAUCGCUGGGGUAAAGGCAUGGUCAGCAAGUUUAUUUCAGCAGAGGAGUUAUUUCUGGAAGGCGCUUUUUCUCUCUUCCAUUUCAUUUUUCACUUCAUUCUUUGGUUCGUAUGAAUGCAAUGCACUAAGUGUCAAGAAUGUAGAAAGACAUAUUACUGUGUGGUGGUCCAAGGCAUGAGAUGAUGUUUUUUUUUUUUGGCUUAUCUUGUCACAAGUGAUCAAUCCUAGAUGUUCAAUUUCGAGUUAAGACGAUUGAAAGCUGCAGCAGUGGAGCCUCUACGACAGGUGUAGAUAUUUUCCGGGGGGGUGGGGGGGGUUCUGUCUUUGUUUUUCCUCGUUUUCCACAGCUGUGAGGAUCUGUCAGAGCUGAGGAGGCUUUUCUGGCAGCCUCUUUUCCCAUCAAACGAGGACGUAAACCUUUUCAAUUCACACACCUAGACUGAAUUUCAGUAUUACUGUGAUGAAGUGUCAUGAAGCAGGAGCAGACCAUUUCCUCACUCGGCAGUCUGUGAAGAAACUGAAGACAGAACCCCACACACACACACACACACGUCCUGCUCCACCUGUUAUUUAAGUUGUCUGUAUAUGUGAAAGACUGAGCAGCAAACAGCAGCAUCGAUCGCCUUCAGGCCUCCUUCAUCCGCCAGGCUGGACUUUCCUCCGUUUCCACAGCGACUCUUGACAGAUGACACAUUCACUGAAAAAAAGGGGGGGGGGGGGCUUUCAAUU